UUUUCAUAUAUACCAGAGUACUGUAAAUUCUAGGUUUUUUCAAAAUUAGAAGUAAAUGGAGCACAGUUUACUGUUUCAAUGUACCAUGAGGCCCUUUUUAAUUUUUACCCAUGUAAGUGUGUUUCUGGAGCAAGAAAAAACAAACUUCCAAAAAUAAUCUUAAAACUGUGAUGAGACUAUUUAUCCUUUUUGUAUGCUUUGCAAAAGACAUUUAUUGUGGUUUUUAAGACUCUUGGACUUCUGCAUCUUCAGCCUACAAGAUCCCUAAUGCAGUUGUAAAGCAACCAACUUAUUUUUUGCUGAAAAACUAGAUGCUUUACAUGAGAAAAACUGUAUGUGUCUUUAAGAUAUGUUGUCAAUUUCAUGAGUCCGUUCAAAAUUUCAUUCUGUUAGUUGUUAUAUAAUUUGUAUUUUUUUACUGUAUAGACUAAAUAUAUUUUAUUUACCAUGCAAAUUAAUUCAUUUAGACUUUUUUUCCUUUAGCACAGUAUUGACAUGAUACAACUGCUAGUAAUGAAAUCAAUGAGGUGUUGCUCCCUAUGGGCUAUUAUACAGACUGAUUGCAGAUUUCUUAAAACCUAAAAUGAUCUUUGCACUGUAAUUCUUAACAUGCUGAUUAUGGAGAAACACUUGGGUUUUUUUUAUUCUGUUGCAUACUUGACUUAAUUUUAUUGCAAUGUGAACUAAUUGCACUGCUAUGUAGAAAGAUGUAACUGUUUUGUUUGUUGCUAUUCAUGACUGAUUUUUUCCCCCUCUAUUGGCAACAUAAUAUUCUCACGGACCUUUUACAAAUCUUACUGUAGCUUUUUCCAUAUAAAUAAAAUGCAUUUUCUACUAUUUGUCUUGGCUAUUAUUUAAAUCUUGCAUAACCUUGUAAGUGCUUGCUCUAAAAUUAAAAGAUCAAAAUAUUAAGUUAUGCAUGUGAAUUACAGACAAAGGGGAAAAUAAAGCCAUGCAUCUGAUAUUAAUUCUAACUGUGUUGCAAUGAAUUUUGUUAGCUGUAGCCCAAUUUAUUUAACAUGUUAUGCCCAUUGCUUUGUAUUGUGUGGGAUUCAACUUUGCUGAAAUCCUACACUAAACACAUACAAGUAAUUCUCUUUUGACAAGAAAAAAAUCACAGAUGUUUGGGCAUCAGACACGUCUCAAAUUGAUAUAAAUGUAUACUUUCAAUAUCAGAAUAUCAUGGUAAAGAAUCUUCCCUCAUUUAUGUCUAACAAUAUUUUGGUCUAAUAUUUUUCACACGUAAAGCUAACUUUUCCAUUAACUGCGUCAUCUAAGUCUACUUCACAAUGCAUGUAGAAAAUCCAUAGUAUUGGAAAAGCAGAUUUUGUUUUUAAACUAAAAAUGAAAGCGUUUUAAUCUCAAACCACAGAUUCCCCUCCCUCCCCUUAGGAUGCUAAAUUAAAUAAUUGUGUGUGUAAAAAAAAAAAAAAAAAAAAAAAAAAAAAAAAUUGCUUUGAACUUUCUGCAUUAAGCAAAACUGGAUUGAAUGGGAAAUUUGCCACCACAGGAACCAAAACCUUUGAGUGCAAGCUAACUCCAGUGCUUUCUCUUACACCAAGGAAAAAAUGCCAUUUACGGUAGCAAACACCUAACUGGAAUGUGUAGAACAGCAUGCAUGCUAGAAACUCUUUUUCUACCACUGGAAUUUUUUAUUCAUUAAUACUUGUUUAAAACUCGAUUCACCAUUGCCAAGAAUAUGAAACAGCAGCACAAAUUGGUCAGUUGUGAAAUGUCACUUUUUUUCUAAUACAUACAGUUGACUUUUGAGAGCAACACUUCGUGGAGAAGCACUGAAGUUUUUUCUUUGCACUGCUUCAAAGAAUGUCCCGGUUAUACACUGUAGAAUAUACCAUCUUUAAAAUGGUCAAUAAAAGUCUUUAAUAGUAAAAAUAAAUGAGUAAUUCCACUCUACUUGAAAUGGGACAUUACUGCUAGGGAAGCUAAACUAUUCACCAUUCAUUUGUUUUGUGUAAUAUCUCUAGUGGGUGGAAAAGGCUUCUGAGUAACAGAAUCUUUCCCAGAAUUCUUUUACAUUUGUGUUUCUUACAUUUUUGUUAGUUAUAUGCUUGUACCAGAACAAAUGGUUUAAAUAGUUCUUUGUGUCUUAUGCUUAAUUAUGUGAAAUUUGGAAGCUUGACUUGCAUGUUAAAAGGAAUUAAUUAUUCUUUGUCUUUUACUUUACUAAAACAUCAAGGCUAGUUUGAAAAUGUUUAUACGUAAAUUGGCAAUAUUUGAGUAUACACCAUACAAAAAGGAAUAGCUUCCCAUCAUAAUGCAAGAUCUUUGGGAUGAGCAAUAGAAAUCAAAUUAACUGACAAUGAUGAUCUGACUGCAGCACUAGUUUUUACUCUAACCUUAUAGGAUUCUUUGAAGAUAACUGUCUUGAAGACAUUCUUUGUAGAAGUUUUCUCAGUGGUAUUCAGUCUCUGACUCAGCUAUCAAUCUACCUUAAAUAGUCUAAACUUUCUGUCCAAGAAAUAUCAUACCUACUAUCUAUAAGUCUGAUAUUUUGAUUUCUUUGACUAGCAUUUUAGGUAAUUCCAAACUUCAUCCACCAGGACAACAUUUAAGCCAUUGUUGAAUAAGCAAGGAUUUUAAGAAUUUCCUGGUAAAUGUUCUGUCAUCACUUAUUAGAUGAUGCAUUACGAAGACUUUUUCUUCAGAAGGUUGCUCAGUCCUGCUGCUUUCAUUAUGAUGGAAUAAACAAUGUAUAAAUCUGUGCUUCCCUCCUCUCUAUCGAGUCAUAUACUACCGUUCACUGUAAAAUGCUUCAUCUGAUUGUCCUCUCUACGGUGACAUUGCCACAACUAAAGGAUCUCUGUAUCUCUGGAAAUUCUUGAAAAUGUAACCUUAGUUUUAUUCUUAUUUAUUCUUACUCUAAUAUUACAGAUGGCUUGCUUUCUAAUAACUUGUUCAACAAAUUUCUGAUGUUUGUGUGGUAUUUUCUGCCUAAAGAUGCCAACUGAGGCCUAAAAGAUAAAAAUUAAAAAUGUUUAUCUGUCUCUGUUAAAGAAUAAUUUGCUCUUUAAGUACUCAUAUGUCUAAUCGUAAUUGUCAAUAUUGUGUUCAACUGCUAAGGAAUGAAUUGGGGUUAUUAAAAACAGCUUUGUAUAUGGGGAAUAGUGGUUUGGGGACUGCAGUGGCUGUAAAAAGCAGCUGGGAAGAAUAUUGAAGACACUGUUUUGAUGAAUGCAUCAUUCCCUCAGAAGGAAACAGCUGUUCCUCACUGAGAGGAACAGAGGAAAAAAGAGCAUGAGAAUGCUCUAUGGAAUGAAAAAAGAUAAGGUGCAAAACAGCAUAAUCAGAGAAGAAUUAUUGUAGGCUAAAUACUCUUCUCUAAAAAUACCAUCAGCAAGAUUCUCACUCACACAAGAAGUGGAAGGGAUGUUGCAAAAAAGUGAAGCUACUACUAGUGGAAAAAGGGAGCUUGUUCUAUAUUUGUAUCAACUUAUUCCUCUUUGUACUGUUAACACAACUGCAGUAUCAAACGCAACAUUGAAGUCUUGACCAAUUUUAUUUUUUAAAUAUGCAAACAAAAUAAGGGACACACUGAAAGAAAACAAAAGUGAUGGGUGCGUUUGACUUUUUACUCUGGAAUUGAGCUCUAAAGCUGAGUUGAAAAGUCCUACCUCUGAGGGUGAAAUCCAAGCAAGGAGGGCCAGUGGGAAGGGCACUGGUUUGAAUCUUAGGAACCCUGAGUUCCAUUCCUUGCUUGGGCCCAAACUUCAUAGGUGACCUUAGGUAAAUCAUUUAGGCCCCCUUGACAGAUGGGGAAUUGAAGCACAGAGAGACUUGGGGCCAGAUCCUCAAAGGUAUUUAGGCACCUAACUACCAUGAAAAUCAUUGGAAGUUAAACAUGUAUUGCUGAGGACCUGGGUUUAGCCUCUGUGCCUCAGUUGCCCAUCUCUUAAAUGGGAAUAUUUCUUCCCUACGUGCCAGCUCUGUUGAGAGGAUAAAUUAAAAUAUGUGACAUGCCCAGAUACUCCUAAUGGGGCGUUAUUUUAAAGCAUUUUUUUAAUGAAAGAGGACCACUUAGUGGAUUGGCAGAUGGUUUUCUAGGGAAACAGCUGAGAUGGACUGUUAUGUAAUGGUUGUGUCUCAAAAUAAGUAAGUUUUGACAUAGCCUUCUGGUUUCCGACUGCAGCAAUGCAAUCAGACAUCCAUUUAGCUGUGACUGUCCUGGUAAAAAUGUUGCCUGAUACAUUAGUGUCAAAAGAAACCUGCACCUACCUAUCACAGAGAAACCUGUAUAGAAUGAGGAAAAUGUUGCUACAAUAAUAGUCUAAGGUUGAACUCAUGGUGAGGAAUCUCAGUAGAAUCACAGUACAAUUAUUAUUAUUAAAUCUAGUAUAAAGUGGAUCAGUGAGCCGUGUGAGCAAGAGUGGCUGCCACCAGAAAUGACUUUCCACAUGUGGAAAAAAAAAUUUCACAGGAGUUGAGUAGUCCCAAAAGACCUUUCAUCAACUUUAUCAGGACCAUUUAUCUUGCAACACAGGUGCGUCUGCUGGGUGGUUUCAAUGUUAAAAAUAUGACAAGGUGUUUUAAGACACUAAGUGGUCUCCUUUCCCUUUUGGACAUCAAAGUAGGAAAAAUGGUACUGGUAUUUCUGGACCAAUAGACAAAAGAAGCCCCUGGGCUUUGAGACAGGCACUAAUUGAACUAGAUUCUGGGUAAUAAACUGCCUAACAACUUUCAUGUCAGAGUACUACGGACAAUGUUGUCACACAACAGCUGUACCAACAAGCAGAAACAGCCUGGUGACAUUGUGGCACUGACCAAAAAGAGGCACCAAAAUAAAGAAAAAACAUAGUGUGUCAAAAGAAAGAACAGCCCUAGACUACCAAAAACAGUGCUUAGCCCUAAAGACUAGUGCUAUCUCCCACCACAGCAGACACUGAAGUAAUGAUACAAUGGUGUCAAAAAUCUAUAAAAAUCACACUGAAACUCACUGGAAGACAAAGCUAUUAGUAAGAAAAGAAUAACCCAGAAAAGUUGGUUAGGAUCUGCUAAAGAGAUGAAACAGUGGCUCCUGAGGUGCAGGCUUGUCCUGAAAGCUAUUUCAUUACGGUAAAGAAGAAACUGAAAGGUCAAGGACAGCACAUAUACUCUCCUGCAGAUAGCACAUGACAGCCAAUAGAGACUUGUCUGAUUUGCACUCUUUGCAGCUACUGCUGCCCUCGACAGAGCUGUAUAUGCAAUGUAGUUGUUGUAGCUGUGUGAGAAUCCCAUAGGAUAUUAAAGGGACAUGGUGGGUGAAGUAAUAUCUUACAAUGGACCAACUUGUGUGUGUGUGUGAGAGAGAGAGGGAGACAAGCUUUCAAGCCACAACUGAAGAAGAGCUGUGUGGCUUGAGAGCUUGUCACAGAAGUAAAUUGAUCCAAUAAAUUAACCCUCCUUGUCUCUGAGUAACACUAGGGAAGGUCUGCCAGUCUCACCCUAAGAGGCUAAAACUUAAGUGUGAGAAUCCUGUACAGACAGUAUCUUUAGAGAAAAAUCGUAACUUUAAUGCAUGCUUACUGACAGCAUAUAAAAGGGCUUCAAGUGAGGGAAUGCCAAGAUCAACCGCGUGAGUUUCUUCAAAUACCUGUAUUAGAUCGACUUUUUUUUAAAAGGCAGAAUAUACUGAUUUCAGCGGGGACAGCUGCCUAAAAACUGGUAUGUGAGCCGUGAGCUAUUCCUGCGCAAUUCCACUCUGAGCUAACCGAGUCAAAGAAAGGGCACGGUGUGGGCGACGCAAGGCGCAUUGGAAGGCUGCACAGUGCCCACACAUCAUAGGAAAAGGCUCCGUAAACCACUUGUCUGCCUCUGUUUCUCCUCUAGCUCGCAAAUCUUUGGGGGAGGGGCCGGCUCGAGAUCCGUCAUAGGGCACUGAACAGCUCGGAUAACACCUAAACGGGGCCAGCUGGGCUUGAGGUGCUGGCCUGAGCCCGAGCCUCGCGGGGGAGGGACCCAGCCGCUACUAGGUCCCCCCGCUAGCCCCCGGAAGCCGCUACAGGAGGGGUCGCGCCGAACUUCCAGCUCACCCCCCCGCCCUUUGCACGCGCCGUCCUCCUCCUCUCCCCCCGCCGGCCGGGGGACGGUUCGGAGCAUGCGCUUUGGCGACUAUCUGUCUCGAGGCCCUGUUCCAUCAAAGAGGCGGGGCCCGCUUCUUCCCACAUUGCACCGCGCCAGUAGCGCGCGCGGCUCUGAGAGGACCCCGCGUCCUGUUUUUGUCUGCCUGUGCUAUGGCGGUCGCGCUGCUGGGCCGGGCCCUGGCCGCUUUUCCCAGCGCCCGGCACAUUCUCAGAUGCAGCACUACAUACUCAGUGGAGAAGUGGUUUUCAAAACAGAUCAGUUCCGAUAAUCCUCCAAAGCGACCCUUAACGGCCUACUUUCGUUUUGUAAAAGAUCAGCAGCCCAUUUUUAGGGAACAAAAUCCAGAUGUGAGCAUUUUGGAGAUAGCAAAAAAAAUUGCAUAUGCUUGGAAAGAGUUACCAGUGUCAGAGAAACAAACCUAUGAAGCAGCUGCAAAGGUAGAGAGGCAAGCAUACAAAGAAGAGCUGGCCAUAUACAAAGCACAGUUAAGUCCAGCCCAGAUAAUAGCUUUGAAAGAAGAAAGGAGACAAAAACGGGCAAAAAGAAAAGCAAUGAGGAAAAAGAGGGAAUUAACAGUGCUUGGAAAGCCUAAAAGACCUCGUACUGGCUUUAACAUUUUUAUGUCUGAACACUUCCAAGAAGCUAAGGGAGUUUCAGUUCAGGCAAAGAUGAAGAAUUUAUUUGAAGAAUGGCAAGAUCUAUCCAAUUCUCAAAAGCAGACAUAUCUACAGCUUGCUGAAGAUGACAAGGUUCGGUAUGAAAAUGAAAUGAAGUCAUGGGAGGAGCAAAUGGUUGAUGUUGGACGUGAAGAUCUGAUACGUUACAAAAACAGAAGACUCAAAAAGUCAAGAGCUACAACAGAGAAGAAAACCGUAAAAAAGGUUAUUUCAAAAAAGAGAGUUAAAACUAUAAAGAUUCAAAGAACUAAAGAUUCUUCAUCGCCAGAAGUUAAGGCAAAAUUAAAAACAAGUUCUGAAGAAUAAAGCUGGUAAAUGUUUUAUAUUUAAUUACUUGAUUGCCAUGACUUUAUUCUGCUUGUAAGUGUUAGUGCUAGUGCUAAGUGCAUUGAAUUUUUGGGGAAAAAAAUGAUUGUUUAUACAAGAUAUAUUUAAGAAAAAAUUGGGUAAGAGGGAUUUGAAUCUCUCUCAGAAUUAUCCAGAGAAAUUAUCUCUGCAGGUGUAACAUAGUCUAUAUAAACAUCAUCAACAUUAAUCAAGCUGUGAAUACUUCUGAUACUGACUGAUCGUGAUGGGGAAGAGCAUUCUUGAGCCCACAAUAAUGCAGACAAGUGUUACUUUUUGUAACUUAUACAAUAUUUUAAUGAAAACAACCAGAAUCUACAAUAUUACCUUCUAGAUGUUGUAACCAAUUAGGAGGUGAAGCUUGAAUUUACAACAGAGGUAUGUUCUGUUCCCUCCCUAAUGUUAACAGUGCAUGCAUUAGCUGGAAAUAAAUGUCUAGGUGUGUAUUUUUGCUAAUUUCAGUUCUUCUCACAAAAAUGUAAACUUCAGAAUUAUGUACACAUCUAGUUUUGUUACUUCCAUCCAUAUUCAUCUGUGUACCACUUCCUAUGUAUCACACAUCUAUGCAUAUAUUUAAGUUGCAUAGAAUAAAAAAAUCAAUAAGGUUUGUAC